GGGGACUGCAGCCGCUGGAGUUCAGCGAUUGCUAUCUGGGUAGCCCCUGGUUCAGGGAGAGGAUCCGAGCCCAUGAGGCUGAACUGGAGAAAACCAACAAGUUCAUCAAGGAGCUGCUGAAGGAUGGGAAGAAUCUCAUCGCUGCAACCAAAAACCUUUCGGCAGCCCAAAGAAAGUUUGCCCACUCUCUGAGGGAUUUUAAAUUUGAAUUCAUUGGUGACGCAGAGACAGAUGACGAAAGAUGUAUAGAUGCAUCCCUGUGCGAGUUCUCAAAUUUCUUAAAAAAUCUGGAAGAGCAAAGAGAAAUCUUGGAGGAAAAGAAGAAAUUUGACAAAGAGACAGAGAAAAACUACAGCUUGUUAGAGAAGCAUUUAAAUUUGUCUGCUAAGAAGAAAGAGCCACAACUAUUAGAGGCAGAUUUCCAGGUGGAGCAAAAUAGAAAACACUUUUAUGAGCUGUCACUAGAAUAUGUGUGCAAGCUGCAGGAGAUACAGGAACGGAAGAAAUUUGAGUGUGUGGAACCUGUGCUAUCAUUUUUUCAGGGUAUGUUCACUUUCUAUCAUCAGGGAUAUGAACUUGCCAAAGACUUUAAUCACUACAAAAUGGCUCUGCAGAUCAAUAUUCAGAAUACAAGAAAUCGUUUUGAAGGAGCAAGAUGGGAAGUGGAGGAGCUCAUGAACAAAAUCAGGCGGAAUCCUCAAGAACAUAAAAGAGCAAAUCAGUUUACUAUAGAAGGCUACCUUUAUGUGCAGGAAAAAAGACCUGCCCCAUUUGGCUCCAGUUGGAUAAAACAUUACUGCAUGUAUAGGAAGGAGACAAAGAAAUUCACCAUGAUCCCAUUUGAACACAGGUCAGGAGGGAAAAUGGGUGAUGGGGACAUUUUCUUCCUUACAUGCUGUACCAAAAGAAAUAUGGAUACUAUAGAUAGGCGUUUCUGUUUUGACAUAGAAGCUACAGACAGAUUUGUUACUCCUGUGACGAUGCAGGCCUUUUCUGAGGAGGAUAGAAAGUUGUGGAUGGAAGCAUUGGAUGGAAAAGAAGCUCUGUUCAUCAAUUUGAAUAGAGCUAACACAAAACGGGAGGGAAGUGCACAGUUGGAUAAGAUAGGGUUCACAAUUCUGAGAAAAUGCAUCAGUGCCGUUGAAACAAGAGGUAUAAAUGACCAAGGAUUAUACAGAGUUGUGGGGGUGAGUUCAAAGGUCCAGAGACUUCUGAGUUUGCUGAUGGAUGCAAAAACCUGCAGUGAAAUUGAUCUGGAAAACUCUGUAGAUUGGGAAGUGAAGACUAUUACUAGUGCUAUGAAGCAGUACCUGAGAAGUCUUCCAGAGCCUCUAAUGACGUAUGAGUUGCACGGAGAGUUCAUCAUUCCUGCCAAAAGUGGCAGCCCUGAGUCCAGAGUUAAUGCUAUCCACUUCUUGGUUCAUAAACUUCCAGAGAAGAACAAAGAGAUGCUGGACAUUUUGGUGAAACAUUUAGCGAAUGUUUCAGACCAUGCCAAGAAAAAUCUAAUGACUGUAGCAAAUUUAGGAGUAGUAUUUGGACCAACCUUAAUGAGGCCGCAGGAAGAAACCGUGGCAGCUCUUAUGGACCUAAAGUUUCAGAAUAUUGUGGUGGAAAUCCUUAUAGAAAACCAUGAGAAGAUUUUCAGAACCCUGCCUGAUGCCACUUUCUCUGAGCCAAUCUCUAUGUCAGUAUCUCCUCCAAAUGCCCCCCCAAGGCAAUCGAGAAGACAAGGGCAGCGUAAUAAGCGGCCUCUGGCUGUAUAUAAUCUCUGUCUUGAGCUUGAUAAUGUUGACAAUCACAGUCCUUCCAGGGAGGAUACUCCUACUGGCAGUAUGGAUUCUCUCUCUUCUCAAUCUCCUACUCCUGCCAUCUCUAGCAGCCCCCCUGAGAUUGACAAAAAUCACCUUAUUUUGGAGAGCGGAGACCUAGCAGACUGGGCAACCAAUCACCCCAGUCAGAUUCGUUCAUCAAUGGUCUCAUGGCUGAAUACACAGUCUCCUGCAAUACCUACCUCAGCUACCAGAACCCCAACACGGUCGUCUUUCCCCUUCCCCGUGUCUGUCUCAGGGAGUGACAGACAAGCUGAAAGUGUUACCAACAGAAGAGCCAGAGCAGUGUACCCUUGUGAGGCAGAACAUAGCUCUGAAUUAUCUUUUCAAAUAGGAGCAGUUUUUGAAGAUGCAUGGCUAGGAGGGAUCUUUAGUAGAGAGAGAUCCACGUACCGGAAAAAUCUGGGUUUUGGAAGCAAAGGUGUACAAGGUGGGCUUUUUAACACAAGAUGCUAAGACCUUAAUCCUGCGCUAUGUUGCACACUCAUCGAGCUGGGGAGAAGGGCAGGUUGGGAGCUUUGACCCUCCCCUCUCUUGUGCACUAACAUGGCCAGAGAUCAAGCUUCUUUCAUAGUGCAAAGGAAAGAUCCUAGGAGUGAGACCCAGUUGUCUUAUUUCCUGGUGCAUCCAAUAGGACAUGGUGUUUCAUGGCCUGGCCCUCCUGCCAGCUGGUACUUUAUGCCCAUGGGGAUAGUCACGAUCUGGGAAUUAUGUUGCUGCUUUUUCAGAGCAGCAGUACAGUUUAUCCAGCAGGACGUCCGCUCCCCCUGGACCAGCACUGCUCUCCUGCUUUGCACAAGGAUAAUAAUUUUGGGGUGAAAUCCUUCUCACCUAGGGCCAAAUUCUGCCCUUGAAUAUGUGGGCAGUGCUUUUAGCUGUCAUGCUACUUUUAGACAAUAUCCUUCCUAAAAGUUGGACCAUUCAGAAAUUCAUGACUGGGGUGGGAAGUAAAAAUAAGUUUAUAGUGAAAGCUAAUUACAGCCUCACCAAUGAAGUCACUGCUUAUUUAUUUUGGUUUGGUAUCACUCAAUGUCCUAGAGGCAGGCAAGCAAAAAAGAAGGCAAAAUUUAUCAUCUAAAAAUAAGACAGGAAAAUAGAAAUGUCAUAGAAGUAACAUGGUCAAGAUGGUAACUAGACAUAUCAUGAUGAUACAGUGUUCCAUAACGAUUUUCACUUGGACGCAGCAUAAACAAGCUUUGUCAGAAAGGAAAAGGUAUCAAUGUUCUUUACAUUUUUAAAAGCCACCUCCUAAUUUUCAGCCAUUCUUUUGAGACUCCUUCAGAAAGGCACCUGUCUCUUCACUUAUUAUAGUAUCUACCCUCUGGUGCAUUUAUACAGAAAUCAAACUCCAAUGAACCAAUUCAUGCUCUUCACUUACUCAAUUUAAAUUCCCAUGUGGCCUAAUAAGCCCCCAAAUGAAGAAUUAAAGUAAUAAUGCAUCAAUUCUGCUGCUCUACCAAUAACCUUAACUAUCAAAAUGACAAUGCAUCAAUCAAGUUGACUUACAGCUAAUAUCAACCAUUAAAGUAACUGUUAAAUUAGUGUCUGACAAAAGGUGUUGCAUCCAUUAGGGUUCUAUCUGUCUCUUCUCCCCACCCUCCAGCUCUGUCACUUUUUUUGCUGUUUUUUCAGGCUUCCUGCAUUUCUCUCUUCUGUUCUUCUUUCCCCUUCCUUUUUUCUGCUUUUGCUGUUAGCCUCUCUGUGAUUAAUCUAAUAGUGCUUUUCCAGCACUUAUAUUGUCAUGGACAUGUGCCUGGUCCUAGAUUCAAUAAUAGCUUUUCCUCUUCCUCUUGAAUUCCCCAGGAUGAGUGGAUCAGACUCCAAUGAACAAUAUGCUUUUCUGCUUCUGAAAAUUUUCGAACCCUGUGUAGCUGUAGCCUGGAUAUCCCAUG